UUGUGAUGUCGUCACAGAAACCCCCGUGGUGACAGGCGCAGCUUCCGGUGUUUCUAGAGUUUAGGACACUUCGCUGGUUUAGUCUCCAGCGUUUCCCGAAGAUGCCGAAAAAGAAGACUGGGGCCCGAAAAAAGGCGGAAAGUCGCAAAGAACGGGAGAAGUUAACGCGGGCGGCCAGGGACAUCGUGGAUGUGGCGAAACACCCCUGUAAUGCCUCUAUGGAAUGCGAUAAAUGCCAAAGACGGCAAAAGAAUCGAGCUUUUUGUUACUUCUGUAAUUCAGUACAAAAGUUACCUAUUUGUGCACAAUGUGGAAAAACAAAAUGUAUGUUGAAGGGCUCAGACUGUGUGAUUAAACAUCCUGGUGUCUAUAGUACUGGACUUGCCAUGGUGGGAGCAGUCUGCGACUUUUGUGAGGCCUGGGUAUGUCAUGGGAAAAAGUGUCUGAGCACACAUGCCUGUAGCUGCCCUAUUGCUGAUGUUGAGUGUAUUGAAUGUGAGAGGGGUGUAUGGGAUCAUGGAGGGAGGGUGUUCCGAUGUUCUUUCUGUCACAACUUCCUGUGUGAAGAUGAUCAGUUUGAGCACCAAGCCAGCUGCCAAGUCCUGGAUGCUGAAACUUACAAAUGCAUCUCCUGUAAUCGCCUGGGACAGCACUCUUGUCUACGUUGUAAGGCCUGUUAUUGCGAUGAUCAUGUUCGUAGCAAAGUCUUCAAACAAGAAAAGGGGAAAGUGCCACCUUGUCCUAAAUGUGGUCAUGAAACACAAGAGACAAAGGAUCUAUGCAUGUCCACUCGCUCAUUGAAGUUUGGAAGACAGUCUGGUGUUGAAGAUGAUAGUGCUUCUGGUUAUAAUGAUUACUGGAAAAAUUUGGCGUCUGGAGGAGGUGAAACAUAUACUGUUGACGAAGAUGAUGAGUAUGGUGAAGAUGACGAGGAGUAUGAUGACGAGGAGGAUGAUGACACAGAGGAUAAAGCAGAAAAAGAGCCUGAUGAUGAUGAUAAAGGUUAUAGGGACACAUUUGCUGCUCUAAAUCUGGGGAGAACCUAUGCGAGUGGAUAUGCACACUAUGAAGAAUCGUAAGGAUGUAUCAUAAUGGGACAUUCACUGUGGAUGGUGUUAUUUCAUAUUUCAAAAUGUACCUUGAGUGAUGUGUUAACAUAAGAUGGAUGAUAAUUGCACCUUGCAGUGCAAAUUUGUUCAUUAGUUUUAAAGUUACAUUCUCAAUGAAAAGUUCUUCAGACUCUUAAAAUAAACACCAUUUAUUAAUUCA